AUGAGGAGUUUCCAUGCUGAUCCUGAGAGCCACCCCUAGCCCAGUAGCCGCCUUCCUCGGGACUCUCGGCACUGCCCUCGCCCAGGGGCCCCGCGCUUGGCCGCAGCUGCCAUGCUCUACCUGGCUGCUCUCCUCGUGCACUGUGUCCCCCUGGCCAUGGGACAGUAUGACAUUUGCAAGUCCUGGGUGACCACGGACGAUGGCCCAUCAUGGGAGUUUUAUGCUUGCCAGCCCAAGGCCAUGAGGAUGAAGGAUUACGUGACCGUGCGGGUGGAGCCGGCAGGAAUCACCUGUGGGGACCCUCCAGAGAGGUUCUGCACCCAUGAGAACCCGUACCUGUGCAGCGACGAGUGCGACGCCUCCAACCCCGACCUGGCCCACCCGCCCAAGCUGAUGUUCGACAGCGAGGACGAGGGGCUGGCCACGUACUGGCAGAGCGUGACGUGGCGCCGGUACCCGGAGCCGCUGCUGGCCAACAUCACCCUGUCCUGGAACAAGAGCAUCGAGCUGACCGACGACAUCGUGAUCACCUUCGAGUACGGGCGCCCCACCAUCAUGAUGCUGGAGAAGUCGCUGGACAACGGGAGGACUUGGCACCCGUACCAGUACUAUGCAGAUGACUGCAUGGAGGCCUUCAGCAUGCCAGCACGGAGGGUCCGGGACCUCUCCACCACCAGUGCCAACAGGGUCCUCUGCACAGAGGAGUAUUCCCGCUGGGCGGGCUCCAAAAAAGAGAAGACCGUGCGGUUUGAGGUGCGGGACCGCUUUGCCAUCUUCGCCGGCCCCGACCUCAAGAACAUGGACAACUUGUACACCCGGCUGGAGAGCGCCAAAGGGCUCAAGGACUUCUUCACCGUCACCGACCUGCGCAUGAGGCUGCUGAGACCCGCCCUGGGCGGCACCUACGUGCAGAGGGAGAACUUGUACAAGUAUUUCUACGCCGUCUCCAACAUCGAGGUCACCGGCAGGUGUAAAUGCAACCUCCACGCCAACCUGUGCACCUUCAAAGAGGGCAGCCUCCAGUGUGAGUGUGAGCACAACACCACGGGCCAGGACUGUGGCAAGUGCAAGAAGAACUUUCGCUCCAGGUCCUGGCGAGCAGGGUCCUACCUGCCUCUGCCCAACGGGUCCCCCAAUGCAUGUGCAGCUGCAGGCUCAGCCUUUGGCAACUGCGAGUGCUACGGGCACUCCAACCGCUGCAGCUACAUCGACUUCCUGAACGUGGUGACCUGCGUGAGCUGCAAGCACAACACGCGGGGCCAGCACUGCCAGCACUGCCGGCUGGGCUUCUACAGAAACAGCUCCGCCGAGCUGGACGACGAGAAUGUCUGCAUAGAAUGUAACUGCAACCAGAUCGGCUCCAUGCACGACCGCUGCAACGAGACCGGCUACUGUGAGUGCAGGGAAGGUGCCACGGGGCCCAAGUGCGACGACUGCCUGCCCAACUACUACUGGAGACAAGGCUGCUUCCCCAAUGUCUGCGAUGACGAGCUCCUGCUCUGCCAGAACGGCGGCACCUGCUACCAGAACCAGCGCUGCAUCUGCCCCGUGGGCUUCAAGGGCGUGCUGUGCCAGCAGUCCCGGUGUGAAGUGGACAAGAAGGACUGUGACGGUGCUCCCGGUGCCGGUGGCAGCCUGGCCACCGUGGCCCUGGGCGUGCUGGCCCUGCAGCUGCGAGGCUGGGCGGAUCUCUGA